AGACCAGAUUCGAAAUGUGUUAAAAAACCCUUCUAAACUUACUAUUCAGUUGUUAGAAAGAUCCAAAAAAAGGUGAUAACAGUAUUUGUUAAAAGCUUGCUAAACAAUAAAGUGAAGUUACUUAUAUGGGUCUGUAUUUUACAUUAUUUUUUCCAAUGACUAAAACUGCAUAUUUGAAUUUUUUAAAUUUUGUAUUCGAAUGUUUUUUUCUUAGCUAAUUGUUAUUGAAAGUAUUUCAAAACUUCUUAAAAAGGUCUUCUUCAUGUCUUACUUAUCUUUCAUUCAUUAUUUUUUAGCGAUUUCAAAUGUUUGUUAUUAUAAGCAAAUGCCCACCGCUGUUAAACACACCAUUUUGAACAAUUUCGCUCUCCACCGUCAUAACAAGUCAAAUUCUUCAUUGUUGCGUUAAUUACUUAUUUACAAAUGUGUAGAAGAGCAGCAAAAGUUCUUUAAUGCACAGCACCUCCGCAGGUGGUAUUUUGAAAGUGUUUAUGUUUUCAAUCCACUGAAAUGUACAAUGCGCACUGCAGCGUACACAAAGUUAAGCAUGGUUGCGCUUAACUAAGCAGCUGGUCAUGCGCAUUCAAAGUAUGAAAAUUUAAUCAGAUACUGCGUAAUUUUUUCAGCAUAAUUUUGCAAAAGAAUUGGAAAAUAUUUUUAAAACUGAAGUACGUUUUUAAGCUUGUAUAUCAUGGAUUGGAGGAUAGUGGUAUAUUUCGCUGUAGUAGGCGUCGCAUGCGCGGAGGAUGCCCUGGAAAUGGAAAACGAACAUGAUAAAGCCGGCCUUAAUCAAGCCGAUCUUCCAGUAUCACAACUCUUCAUGAGCAAAAAAUCUGUGGCGGCUGAAGUGAGCGAGGACAAAUUAAAACGGUCAAGACGUGGUUUCAGAUCAUACUUUUAUAAUUACUUGGAUGAGAUUGCAAUGUCGAUAUGCGCGUCAAUUCCUGGUGAAGGCCCUGGGUUGCUGUACGCUGUGAGACGAACAUGUGGAGAGAAGUCUACCUGUAAAGAUAUAUGUUCAGAUCCUAAAUUAAAAAAACAAGGACCAAAAGAAGUGCAAAACUUGCAGUGGUUAUGCUCUGAAUCACUACAUGUGUACAAACGUCAACCAUCUUUGGCUGAUAAUUAUGAAGAUUAUACCGAUUCGCAUAAAUUAGGACUGGCUAUAUAUAGACAUUACUCAUGCACAAUUGGAGGUUGCGGUCCUAAUUAUUGUUGCUGCCGUGCGUCUUAGAUCACUCCUUUAUUAUGUAAAUAAAAACACAUUGUGUCACGUGGGUACAAAUACUGCAUUUUGCUUCACAAUAAAUCCAGAAAACAACGCCUAGAUAUUAAAGCCUCUUUCCCAGGGCUUCUUGCCGCCGUUCAAGAUCGUUAGAAUGAGAUAAAGAGUCCUGAAACAGGACCGCUAGCUAAUCCGUCAAACUUAACGAAUAUGGAGUAUGCACUAGAAGUAGAACAAACAGAGUUUACAUGUGUUAGUGUGUAUUAAAAUAUUUUUAGCUGCUUUAGUAUAUGUCAGCAUGAUGUCAGCAAGUUUAUACUUGCUAUUUUUUCUUUUCUUGUGCUCUGGAAAGAAUCGUUCUGUCUACGAACAAACUUCUACAGCUGUGCCACCAGCUGAUUUUUUUGCUGUAUAAUAUUGUAUUGUUUUUUGUGUUUAAACAUGAAAUAUAAAAAAAAAUUAUUCUUAUACUACUA